UUUUGUUGAAAAAUUUGCGAAGAUUGUGUACCCGAAGUACAAAUUUAAAAAAACUAACAUUUAAAAAAAAUUCCGGUUGAACUUUGAACUAAUGACUGCCAAAAAUUCACCAAAAAACAUCCUCAAUUCUCUCAACAAUGAUUGUAUUUAUGACAUUUUCUCUAAAUUAACCAAUGGCGAUGACUUUUUGAAUUUAGCCCAAGUAUGUACACGAUUCCAAGACUGUGCAAAAGAAUUUUUUAGACAACAUCACAGAUAUGUCCAAAUGAAGGCGAAAAAAGAUCAUCAACCAACAAAUAAAACCGUUUGGUGUCCAGAACGAGCAGAAGAAAUGUUUAGAAUAUUCGGUCAUUUGAUUGAGUCAAUUAAUUUAUGGUGUACAGAUGAUCAAAGUCGCAGCCACCAAAUUUUUCAAUUGAUUGCCCGAUUUUGUGACAAAAGCCUGAAGAACAUACAUAUCGCCCAUUUCGAUCCAUUGAUAAUUGAAUGUGCACAGCUUCCAGCUCUGCAAGAAAUAUCAUUUUUCGAAGCUGCACCUCAAAACUUAACAUUCAAUCUACCAUUGAAGACAGUACGCAUAUCCUGUAUGAGAGAUAAAAAUACAUGUACUUGGUUCUUGCGCGAAUUCCCCGGCAUAGAACAAGCUGAUCUUUUUUUACUACCGCUCUUAACUGACGAUAUGUUUACUGAAUUUUUAUCACAAAACCAAAAGCUUACAAAUUUAUCUGUGAAUCACUGUUCUAAACUCACACCUUCGAUGCUUAAGACUUUGUGUCGCUAUGUACCGAAUCUCGAACGUCUAUGCUUUUCGCUCCACAUCUUUUCAAGAAAAUAUGCAGAUGAGAAUCCAAUGGUGACCACUCAAGAGGAACUGUUAGCACCAUUAAAAGAUCUUCGACGUCUAAAGGAAUUGAAUAUGCAACACUGUGAGACUUUGUCAUUUGAAAAAUUAAUCAAAUUUUUUGUCAAACAUGAUUUGUCUAUUGAGGAUCUUACAUUCACUCCACCAAGUCCGUAUAUUGUAACCGAAUGGAUACCAACGUUGACAACACUAAAGCAUGUGACAUUUACCAGGAACAUUGAUAUCGAAUCGCUUAUCAGUGUAAUGAAGACGCAAACAUCACUUGAAACUAUUUACUUUGAUUGGGAUUAUCAUGACCAGUUUAAACUUGUAACAUCAAAAUAUCAUAUGACUAAAAUUAUAGAAACAUUGACAUACGGAAAAAAUUUAAAAAAAUUGUACAGUUUUGCAUGUAGACCGUAUAUCAAUUUAAAUACUUUUGAAACGAUUUUGUCUUUGGCCAAGUAUCGAGUACAUGUUGAAAUCGAUGUUUAUGAUGGUGAUGUCCAUGUACCGAAAAAUAUUUUGGAAGCCAAUAACAAAUGGGUAAAACUUAAUGAGAUAUACGUUCCCAAAAGAAAGCUUACACUUCGACUACGUUGAUAAGUUAAAUUCUUACUAUUAGAUUGGAGGAUCGCAAUCAUUCUACAUUCAUUUUUAAAGAAUGAAGCAAUUUCGUCAACCAUUGAUACGUCAUUUGACUCACAUCAA